AUGGCCUUCGUAGAGAAGAUCCUGGUUGUGGCGACGUUCGUCUUGAGCCUGUUUCUCAAUGCUUUGGCAGCACGUGGAUUUCUCUCUGCCCAGUCGCUCGGUGCAGUCUCUGCCGCCCACCCAACAUACCUCACCCCUGACAUGAUGACAUUCUUGGUUUGGGUAGUGACCUACACCCUCGAGGGUGUGCUGGUGGUGAUGCAGUGCUCACCAUCUGAAAAGUCCGAGAAGCUCUUGCAGCAACGGUGCUUUCUCACAAGCCUUUCUGUUCGGUGGCGCCUGGUCAUUGCCUUCCUCCUGAAUGCGCUCUGGUUGCCACUCUAUGCCAAUCUGUUAUGGGGAAAGGCUAUGCUGGUCAUCAUCGUCUACCUGGCAUUCCUCCUUUUGAUCUACGUCGACGUGAACACCAAGACUACAUCUUCGUUUGCAGAGUGGACAAUCUAUGCCUCUGGCAUCGCAUGCAAUAUCAGCUGGGUGCUGGUAGCAGCGGCUGCGAACAAGUUUACCCUCGCCGGGUACUACGGGUGGACUGAUACUUACGGAGUUUCAGGAACUCCGCAGGCUGCAGUGAUUGUGAUUGGCAUCCUUGCAGCUGUGGCGGUUAUGGUGGCUACCUUGCAUAGCGAUUUUGCUUGGUCUCUCGUCACGAUGUGGGCCUUUGCUGGGCUGUACCGGCAGCAAACGCUCUCGGAUGCCAGCUUUCCUGCUCAAGCCAUGAGCAGGCCUCUGGCUUUGUGUUCAGCUUGGGCGGCUGUUGUUGUCGGAGUGGCGACUGCAUCGGGCAUGUUCCUCAUCCCUUACAACGGAAUCUUCCAGUCGAAGCGCGACUCGUACGACGAGCUUCCACUGGUGAACGAGUGA